CGCUCGCCUCUUCAAAAGCAAAACGUAUCGCAGUUCUCUUUCCUCCCAAAAAGAUGGUGAAGAAACUAGGAAUGAGACGUGCCCCUCCUCUUGCGAUUGCCGUCCUUUCCCUUGUCGUUGCCCUCGCGCAGGUUGCCGUUUCCAACGACAAAACCCCAGUACCGGCCGAUAAAUCCCAGGUGAACGCCUGGUUCCAAAGCAACGUGCAGGCUUUCACGGCUCGAAAGGGCACGUUGGACCCGAACCUGGAGGCCGCGGAGGCCAGGUCGAAGGUGAUCAGGGUACGGCAAGAUGGGGGCGGCGAUUUCAAGACGGUGACCGCCGCCAUCGACAGCAUUCCCGCGGGGAACAGCGAGCGCGUGAUCAUUUCGAUCGCGGGCGGCGAGUACAAGGAGAAGAUCAAGAUUGAUAGGACCAAGCCUUUCGUGACCUUGUACGGAUCGCCUAAAGACAUGCCGACGCUCACGUAUGGAGGGACGGCUCGACAGUAUGGGACGGUCGACAGCGCCAGCCUCAUUGUCGAGUCCGAUUAUUUCGUGGCUGCCAACCUUGUCAUCGCGAAUUCUGCGCCAAGGCCCGAUGGGAAGACGCCAGGCGCACAAGCGGUGGCGUUGAGGAUUUCCGGCGACAAAUCGGCCUUCUACAAUUGCAGACUGCUAGGGUUCCAGGACACGCUCUGCGACGACAGGGGCUUCCAUUUCUUCAAGGAUUGCUACAUCGAAGGCACUGUGGAUUUCAUCUUCGGUUCGGGGACUUCUCUUUAUUUGAGCACUGAGCUACGCGUCCUGGGAGAUAAUGAUUUGACCAUAAUAACGGCUCAAGCAAGGGAAAGCAGCACGGAGGACACCGGCUAUUCGUUCGUGCAUUGCAGCAUCACCGGAACCGGCAAUGGCACAUUCUUGGGAAGAGCGUGGAAGGCCAGCCCGAGGGUGAUCUUCUCUUACACCGACAUGAGCAGCGUCGUUGCCCCCAUCGGCUGGUCCGACAACUUCCAUCCCGAGCGCGACAGGACGGUGAUGUUCGGAGAGUACAGGUGUUCGGGACCGGGAUCCAACCCGGCGGGGCGGGCCAAAUUCGCGAAGCAGCUGAGCGACGCAGAAGUACAAAAUUACAUCUCCUUGUCCUACAUCGUGGGCUCCAAAUGGCUUCUUCCUCCCCCUAACGUAUAGAAAAA